AGGAGGUCUUUAAAUCUUACAUGCUGCAGCUUUAAUUAUGUUUUUAAAAGGCCUUUCACGAAAUAUAUCGUAUGCUGGUUUUAACUGGAUUGUUUCCACUUUAUAGCUCACACACGCACACAUUACAUGUCUCUGCUGAAGGGCACAACGUAGUGCUGCUGAAUGCCAUGUUUCACAACCUUAAAUAAAACACACACACACACACACACACACACACACAAACAAACACCCUUAAUAUGACAGUACUGAAUGUCACUGUUGACAUGUGACAGAGCUCCGAGGACAAUUGUGAUGUCAACAGGCAAAUGUCACUUCAAUUAAAGGUUUUACAGCGGGAACGCAAAGGUCACCCAGGGCUGCAGUUAUUCCUCAGUCCAUUUUUGUGAUUCUGGCCUUGAAGCUGUUCCGUUAGGAAGCACUCGACAUUUCCGAGCUGAACUCUGGAGUGUUUCUGUUCUGCCAUUAGCAGGAAAGAAACUUAAAUGGCCAAUUUCCUCAUGCAUUAUUGAUAAAGUGUUCACAUUGUGUGCAGGGUCAGUCUAACGGACGACCUGACCACUACUCUACUUUGCUAUUUCUGACCACACACCAGAAGCACCUCCAAGAGGCAAGAGGCCCCCUUCAGCCUUAUCACUACUCUCUCUCUCUCUCUAUCUUUCUUUAUCACUCACUCCAUGUUGUAUAUGUGUGUGUGUGUGUGUGUGUGUGUGUUCCAGGUAUUACUCCUGUUGUGGGGACCUAAAUCUGUUUACACAGUCACAUUAUGGAGACUUGUCUUCUUUAUGGGGACAAAAAGUGUUUCCCCAUAAUGUCAGUUAUUACAUUUGAAGAUAAGGACAUGUUGCAUGGUAUGGAUGAGGUCAGUGCUAGGGUUAGAGGUGGGCGUCUCCUUCUUAUCAGUGUGUCCGUUACAUUCUUGGCUCCAGUGGUUGGAAAAUGCCAUUUAUGGAUGAAGGAAGAACACAAUGCAAAGACCAUACAGUGCUCUACUGACCCACAAUGCAUCAGGACGUUAUAAAAACCCACCACAAAAACUCCUGGGCAGUAACUGAGAGGAUUGGUGGCGUAACAAGUGGGAGUUUGUUUUUUUCUGUAUAGAAGUGUGAAAGGAUACUACACAUCCUCCGCUAUGGCUUCUCUGACAUCCUCCAGCCGCAGAUCUUCAUCAUCUUACCGCUCGUCGUCGCGGUACAGCACCUCCAGCUCCUACCGCUCUGAAGGAUCAUCCGAUUGUCUAGACUGUCUAUUUGAGCCAUUUCUGGACUCUGCAGAUCAUUCCAGCCUGUUUGGAGAAGAAGGCCCCGGAGGACCUGACUGCUUGGCCCCAUUUACCAGGCAGAACAGAUCCUCAUAUGGACACACUGCACCUAUGUGUGGCGCUGUGACAGGUCGCCAGAGCGGCACAGGAGGCAGCGUGUGUUGCCUGGGAGACAGCUACUACAUAUCAGCUGAUGUCAGCCAGUUAGAGCCGCAUGACAUCGUGGUGAUGGCCUACAACCACCAUGUUGUCAUUCACGCCCAGAAGGUGUUGGAUGACGGCAGUGUCAGUGACACUUUUACCCAUAAGUCCCUCUUCCCAGAGGAUAUGGACCCCCUGUCAGUCAGUGGGAGCCUCAAGACUGAUGGUACUCUGGUGGUCAGCGCUCAGCGGACUGCAGCGCUCAGUGGACACGAGCCUGCCAGUGUUCCCACCUACCGCACUGAAGCUCAUCUGUGACUGUGGUCUCAGUGAAUUCACUCUGUCACCACAACAACUAAAAUGAUUUUAUUAAAGUGAUGUCAUGAAGGUACAAUCGAAAUCUCUGAAUGAAUUGUGGCAAAUAAAUAUAAGAAUUUGUUGUUUA